AUGGCGCUUCCACUGACUCGUUCAACGCCAACGUCAUCCCUGAGUCAAAUUGAAGGCUUGGUGGAGCGCCUGACUCAAGCGAAGCCACGUCUUUUGGAUGCCGAUAAUGUACAAGUCCGAAUCGAGACAGUGGCGCCAGAUAUAGAUGGGAAUUUUGCUUUACAUCAGGCUGAUAUUACCGACGAAGUUGUCCUCGGGGCUAAGCUUCGCGAACACCUUGCACACAAAGGCUUUACCUUCAUUUUCCUGUUUCAAGAGUAUACCUGGGCGCCAGUUAAACUUUCGAGCGAAGCGUUAGUACAGAUCAUGUCAGUUACCGGGGCCGACGAAGGGUUCUUGAAUAUCAUGAAAGAGUUCGGGGCUCCAGAUGACGAAACGGGUACCGAUCUCCCCUGCGCCUAUAAUGUGCAGAUGAAACAUCGGCCAAACGAAGGACGACGAGAAAAUGAAAACAGUGCCACGUUCGUAGAUUUCAUGUAUGUGAUACGUUAUAUGGCAGGACCCUGGAAGGGUGAGGACUACCCUUGGUCUCUCCGUAAGAUGGGCGUUUACCACAGGCGUGAAGGCCAUAGAUCAUUCUGGAUUAUACUCCAACCCCACCAAAAUGCUCUCUUAGUUCCCAAAUCUAUCUUCGAGGGCUAUCUGGCGAGGCCGCACAGCAUACACGCACACAUCUCACUUUUCACAUCGUCGUUGUCAGGUUGGGCAGAACACCUCCGUUUUGUGGCCAUGUUACUGAAUAUAGAGAGCCAGCGAAUUCGUGUCUGGCGGCCGGAUGACAGCAUCUCCAUCUCUUCAAAUAGUAUCAAAAAAUUACAAUUCUGUUCAGAACUGGCCUAUAAGGCGCUCUCUAACCUCAGCUCGGUUAGAGAGAACCUAGAGGAAUACAACGCACGUAUAUCAAACUUAGCAGCAACUAUCGUCAACACUAAACAGACACAGACGAUGGCAGAAAACACGAGAGCGAUGGCAGCACUAGCGAGAGAUAGUAAAGAAGACCAGGCCCUCCUUGUCCAAAUAUCCCGCGCUACGCAGAAAGAGUCAAAGAUGAUGAGUUUUAUAGCAGUUAUCACUUUGAUCUUUCUGCCUGCUACAUUCAUCACCGGACUUUUUAGUACCGGUUUUAUGACAGCACUUUUAUCAGGGCCGGACGAUGUGCUACCUUAUUCUGCGAUCCAGACCACCCUAAAACGAAACCGGCUUUCGAAGUAG